GAACUUCUUGCUCUUGAGAGUUUGGAAGAGCAAGCUAAAUAUUGAAUGGACAGGGCUGGCAAGCCCCUGUUCCAGUCUAAUUAUCUUACUUGUAUGAAAACAAUGAACAAGAACAAGGAAGAUGUGAAGUCUGUUUCCCACCUCAUUGUUUGUAAUGAAAAUCGGGAGCUAAUUAUCAUGGAGCAGUCGGGAAUAAAAAUCAAGAAGUCUAUUAAACUCCCCAGCGUGGGAGUUUUCAUAGAGACCUAUGGUCUCUAUGACAUCGAUGGCAAGAUCUUCAUUGCUUGCCGGGAUGGCAAGAUUUAUGUGGUGAAGAAUGGCCUCCUCUCCAACCAAGUUUAUGAUAUAGAGUCCAAGCCGGUCGGCAUGGUCUACAUUGAUAAAUCUAUUGUGGUGGCUAGCAUGAACAAUGUGGUGUCCUCUUAUUAUGGAAAAGGAAAGAAGAACUAUAGCAUUUACAUGCCUUGAACAAUAACAAAUAUAGAGAAGAUGAUCAUGAAGAGGACUAAAUCAGUUAACGCAGCUCUCGUUGCCCUUUCGAAUGGAGAAAUUAGAAUGUUUAACAACAAAUUCCUCAUUACAACAAUUAAAACUGAUGAUGUAAUAAUGGGAAUGAGAUUUGGAGUAUUUGGAAGAGAAGAAGGAUCCCUGGUUAUCAACUUCAAGCAUGGUGGUCUCUCUGUGAAAAUGUUGCAGAGACAAGCAAAUUUGUCUGUAUCGAAUCAUAAACCAGGGCCUUCAAUCAAACAAGAUAUUCCUCUUAAAAUUAAAUUAUUUGUGGAACUAACUCAAAGAGAAAGAGACCAUUCAGUCGAUAUGCAUAGACUGUUCCAGAAGGAUUUAUGAAAACUGAGGUUAAAGACAGCUCAAAGUUACAUCUCAUUACUAAAUGAAGGACAUGCUCCAAUGUCAUAUGCUCAAGGUUCGAAACUGAGACUUAACGCAACAACUGAAGGAAUCGGGCCAAUCUUCAAAAUAAAGCUAGAACUUCAAAACUUAUCCAAGAAAUCAAUGGUUGGAACAAGAGUUAUGUUGUCAUAUGCGACUGAUAUUUAUAAAGUAAUUUCAAAGGGAUUUCAUAAGCCAAUGACUUUACUCCCUCAAAUUAAUUACAACCAAGAGAUCCUUGUGGAGAAUAUUGAUGAGAACGGUGCAGCUGAUCUGAUCAGAGUGUUUAUCUACAAUCAUGAGUCUUCUAUGCCUUUGAUCACUGCGAAUCUGAACAUGCCUCUAUCAGAAGUUGACCUUGAAUAGACCAUACUAAAUAAUUUCAAGAUGAAUAAGAGUUGCAGGGG